UGCCCAGCCAAUGAGUGAGCGCGCUUCCUGCCGGAGGACGUGGUGACGCAGCGACGUGCUGUGUCCGGGGAGGAUCGCGGGAAACACGAAUCGAUCGGUGGUGAGAUGCCGAUCCGGGCUCUGUGUACGAUCUGCUCCGACUUCUUCGACCAUCAGAGGGACGUGUCCGCCAUCAACUGCGGGCACACCUUCCACCAUCACUGCCUCCAGCAAUGGUUCACCUCCGCCCCGAGCCGGACUUGUCCGCAGUGCCGCGUCCAGGUGAGCAACCGGCAGAUCAUCCACAAACUCUUCUUUGAUGUCGGCCUGGAGGAUGACUCGUCGCUCGAUGCCGAAUCUCUGAAGAAUGAAGUUGAUCGAAUAAAAGCCAGCCUUCACGUCAAAGAGAGGGAGAAGCGGGAAUGUCAGGACUUGGUGGACUCUCUGCGUCAGGUUCUGGAUGAGAGGAACGGCACCGUAGAAUGCCUGGAGAGGAAGAUUGGAGACUAUGAGAUGCUUUGCACAUCACUGAAGAAACAAAUGAAAUUCUUCGAUGUGCAGCAAGCAGAGGCCAAAGCUGCCAAGGAGGAGGCCCGAAAACUGCGCAAUAAGCUGCGCUCUUUAGAAAGUAUUGAGCUUCUGCUGCAAUCCCGGCGGCAUGAGGUGGAGGAAAUGGUCAGGGAUAUGGGGUCCGGACAGUCUGCGGUGGAGCAGUUGGCCAUAUACUGCGUGUCGCUGAAGAAGGAAUAUGAAAACCUGAAAGAAGCUCGGAAAUUAUCGACCGAUAUGACGGAGAAGCUGAAGAAGGAAUUGUUUGCCGCAAACCACAAGGCUCAGAAAGCAGAAAUGGAGCUGCAGAAGAUAAAGGCUGAGCUCAGCGCCUCCCAGAAGGAACUGCAAAAUACGGAUAGGGAAAUUAUGAGUCUGAAGAAAAAAGUCGAAUUCUUGCAAAAGACACUGAGCACCCCGACGGCGACCAACGAAGCCCUUAGCCGCCUGAUAUUUGAGAGCCCUGCUCCCAUUGGACUAGAAAGGCCAAAACUCCGCCCACCAAUGUUGGGUGAAGAUGUAAACCUCGACCUCACCUUUAAUAUCGACACCCCGGAACCGAACCCAUCCAAACCAGUAAUCGCUCCCUUUAAGAAGUUGAAGCUCGAUCAGGGAAAUUCUCCUGUGAAGCGUCAAGCAAAGAAUACCUUGCAGGAGUCUAAAGCCUCAAAGACUGUACCGGGUCACAUACAAGUUGAUGAGGAAGAUGAACUGACGUUGCCGUCCUUCAUAAAGAACUCUCUGAUGCACAAGAGACCCAUUGGGAGUAUGUUACCUGCACAGCGCAACACAGGAGUGGUCAGAAUGGGAUUUGAUGGUCUUGGUGGACGAACCAAAUUUAUUCAGACUAGCCCCUUGACUGAAAUCCGGCCCCUCCCGGCCAAGCUUAAGAGGAAAAAGGUCAGCCGGCCAGUGGCGUCCUCCACCAGCACUUCCCAUCAGCCGCGGUUGGAGGACUUCCUGAAGUGAGACGCCUUUUCCUUCUCCCCCCUAUGGACUGUAUUGACAGCCAUCUAAUAUAAUUCCUUUGUAUCGAGGUGAAAUGUCGGUCCUCUGGACUCUAGACGAGAGGUUAUUUAGGAGGUUACUAGUCUUGCGUUGUGACCUGAUGACGAGGGAGUCAUCCUUGGCUCUGUAGAAGAUGUCCUUCCGUAUCGUACUGCCUGGAAAUCUACGAUGUAAAUGUUCCCUUUUUCCUGCAGUGUGUCCGGAUUGUGAUUGGACGGAGAUAUGUCCUGCCUCAAUAGAAAGCCUGCCAUGUGUGCUGAUUGGAUCCAAAGCAGCAAGGACGCGCCCCUAUCCCUGGAAAAUUUCCAGUCUAUUUUUUUUAAUUAUUAUUUUUUUAAUUCUAAAUUAUAACUUUACAAUGGCUACUUGGUGUACAUAAAGACAAACCCCUUCUGUUUGGGUGGCGUGGGGAAGGGUUAGGCCCCCCUAUCACUUUUAUAUUGCUGUCUGUCCCCAAUGGGGGAGAGAGUUCUCUAUUUGUUUUGCUGACCUUUGUCUCCGAGACAGAAAGUGAUGGGACAUUCUUUAGAAGGUGUCACCAGAGCAAGAGGUGAGGGGAAAUCUUCCAAUAGGGACAACUAAGAGGAGAUUCCCCUUCCCUUUUUUUGGAGGCAUUUCUGCUAUAAAUAUCCUGAUCUCAUACUGUAACUUGGG